AUGAGGUGCCCGGCGGCCGGCGCCGGCGGAGGCGCUGCGGCCGCCCGCCGCCCCGCGGGCCCGCGGCUGGUGCCCUCCUCGUCCAUCGCCGUCUCCUUCGCCAGAUGCGGCGGGAGAUCGGCCGCGGCCGCCGCCUCGGGGUGGCGCAUCCACGCCGUCGCCGGGAAAGGAGUGAAAGCCCCCAUGGAUGCCGUGGAGAGCGCUGUUGCUCCUGCCGCCCCGUCAAUGGUGGAAAAUGGCAGUUCAUCAAUCACCGUAGAGGAAUUUGAAGAUUUAGCCUCCCUAGUGAAGGAUGACGAGGCGUCGGUUAGCAUCACUGUAGUUGGAGCGUCCGGUGACCUUGCGAAGAAGAAGAUAUUUCCUGCCCUUUUUGCUCUUUACUAUGAAGGCUGUCUUCCCAAGCAUUUCUCCAUCUUUGGCUAUGCACGAAGUAAAAUGACAGAUGCUGAACUGAGAGACAUGGUCAGCAAAACACUGACUUGUCGGAUUGAUAAAAGGGAGAACUGUAGUGAGAAAAUGGAAGAGUUUCUGAAACGAUGCUUCUACCACUCAGGUCAAUAUGAUUCAGAGGAAGAUUUCAAGGAGCUAAGCAAGAAGAUCAAACAACAUGAGGGUCCCAGAGUAUCUAACCAUCUUUUCUACCUGUCAAUACCGCCAAAUAUAUUCCUGGAUGUUGUCAAAUGUGCAAGCAAAUCAGCAUCAUCUGUGAGUGGCUGGACAAGGGUAAUUGUUGAAAAACCCUUUGGCCGGGACUCAGAGUCUUCUGCUGCCCUAACAAAAGGUCUGAAGCAGUACCUGACAGAGGACCAAAUCUUCAGGAUUGACCAUUACUUGGGAAAGGAGCUGGUAGAGAACUUAUCUGUCCUUCGCUUCUCGAAUCUUGUUUUUGAGCCUCUGUGGUCAAGGCAGUACAUAAGGAAUGUGCAACUGAUAUUCUCAGAAGACUUUGGCACUGAAGGGCGAGGAGGGUACUUUGAUAGCUACGGUAUUAUCCGAGACAUAAUGCAGAACCAUCUCCUUCAGAUACUAGCUCUAUUUGCAAUGGAAACUCCUAUUAGCUUGGAAGCAGAGGACAUACGAAACGAGAAGGUGAAAGUUUUGCGCUCCAUGAAGCCGUUGCGACUAGAAGAUGUGGUAAUAGGACAGUAUAAAAGUCAUACGAAGGGUGGUAUUACAUACCCUGGAUACACUGAAGAUAAGACGGUGCCCAAGGGUAGUCUGACUCCAACAUUUGCUGCAGCUGCGCUUUUUAUAAAUAACGCUAGAUGGGAUGGAGUUCCCUUUCUCAUGAAGGCUGGGAAAGCUUUGCAUACUAAACAGGCUGAGAUUAGAGUACAGUUCCGACAUGUUCCUGGAAAUCUCUACAAGGGGUCUUUUGGAACAGAUCUUGACAGGGCUACUAACGAGCUUGUGAUACGCGUGCAACCAGACGAAGGAAUUUACCUAAAGAUUAACAACAAGAUUCCUGGUCUUGGCAUGAGACUAGAUAGAAGUAAUUUGAAUCUGCACUAUGCAGCAAGGUACCCGAAGGAGAUACCGGAUGCCUACGAGAGGCUGUUGCUCGACGCGAUAGAAGGAGAGCGAAGGCUCUUCAUCCGGUCGGACGAACUGGACGCCGCGUGGGAGCUCUUCACGCCCCUUCUGAAGGAACUGGAGCAGAAGCGGAUGGCCCCUGAGCUUUACCCCUACGGGAGCCGUGGGCCUGUGGGCGCUCACUACCUGGCAGCCAAGUAUAACGUGAGAUGGGGCGACCUGGGCGGCUCGGAACACUAG